AUGAGGAGAGUUCAUAUAAGGCUUACUGUUGAAACUUGUACAUCAUCAAGUCCUGUCCAUAAGCAGGAACUUAUUGUGCGUGUUACAGAUGAUGCAGAUCCACUAUUCUUGUAUUCUCUUGUAAUUGGAGAAGAAGACUUUCAGAGUUUAAAGAGCCAGCAAGGACUGCUAGUGGAGUUUUCAGCUUUUCCACAGAAAUUCAUUGAUUUGUUAGAACAGUGCAUUUUGGAACAAGGAAAACAAGUCCCUCGGUUUUUAAUUCAACUGGUAACAUCUCCUGUUCUGGACUGCAUGACAACAUGUUUAAAUAUAGUGGAAACCAAUCCAUUCAAGCAUCUUACUCAUUUGUCUCUAAAGCUUUUGCCAGGAAGUGACAGUGACAUCAAAAAAUAUCUUGCCCUCUGCAUUCAGAAUUUAAAGGAAGAAAAUAGUAGAUUGGAGGACCAAUUGCACAAAUCUGAAGAAGGAUUUUCAAAAAGACUAAUUGUAAUACAGCAGGCUUUGGCAGAAAAAAGUAAGGACCUGGAUAAACUGCAAAAUGAAUGGACAGCACAUACUACUUCACUGACUAACAAGUACACCAAGGAAAUCACAGCAGAAAAGGAAAAAGUGCUGCAGAUUCAAACACAGUAUCAGCUUCAGCAAGAACAACAAAAGAGAGAGAUAGAAGCAACUUACAACAAAAAAGUACAUCACUUAGAAGUCAGGGUAUCUGAAUUAGAAACGGUUAAUAAGGACCUUACAGAAAGAAAAUACAAGUCUGAAUCUUGUAUACGGGAGUUGAAAUCUAAACUUUCAGGACUUGAAGAGGAAUAUCAGAGGAUAAAACAAGAAGUUCUUGCUCUUCAAAGGGAAAAUUCAACUCUUGAUGCAGUGUGUCAUGAGAAGGAAAAAUUAUUAAACCAGCUACGGACACGCAUUGCUGUCCUGGAACAGGAAGUGAAGGAUAAAGAGCAAGUAGUGAUAAGAACCACAGAUGUCUGUGAAAGUACUCAAGAACACAAGAAAAAGUUGGAAGAGUCUCUGGAGAAGAAGCAGUUGCAAAUUGGGAAGCUUGAAACAACUGUGAAGUCUAUUUCUGAGGAACUUCUGAAAGCUAAUGAAAUUAUCAAAAAGCUCCAGGGAGAGAUGAAGAAAUUAAUGGAGAAGAUGAAGUUAAAAAAUGCAGUGACAAUGCAACAGGAAAAAUUACUAGGGGAGAGGGAGCAAAUCCUGCAAAAGGAGAGGCUGGAGCUUAAUAAUGUGAAACAGGCUCUUCAACAAAAAGAGGAAAAGGCCUUGAACUUACAAGAGCAGCUGGACACCACUGUUCAGAAAUUGGAGGAAAGUAAACAACUGCUGAAAACUAACGAGAAUGUAAUUUCCUGGCUAAAUAAACAGCUGAAUGAGAAUAAAAUCGCAUCCAUGCAUGGAUUAUCAGGCCACAGUGAUAUACCAUGUGCUGGAAACUCUCCCAAUUCAGUGGCAGUGCAAAAUGGUUUGCUUCGGCUUCCUCUUUGUAAUGAUCCUUUCCCUGUCUCUGCGAUGCCUCCUUCAAUUAUUUCGGCUUCUAUUUCUAAUUACUCUAAAGGCCCUGCUCCUCUACAAAUGGAUAUCCCAUCUGCGGUCACCAGUGUGGCAAGAUAUGGCCCACAGGUACGUUUCAAGCUAUCGGCAAAUACUUCCAGCACUCCAUUAAAUGAAGCAAGAGUUAGUUCAACAUCUACUCCAUUAAUGCCUCCAGACUCUGGCCACAUUGACCCACCUGGUUUAGAUAUGAAAUAUUUGAAGAAAGAUGGCAACUUGCCUUUGAGAGGACUGAAGCCUUUGACUAUAGAAAACACAGUAUUACCAAGGCCUAUAUUAUCCAAGCAAGGAAGUCCACCUGUAACAUCUGCUUACUUCCCAAAGCAACAGCCUCGGCUACCUGCAUCAUGAGCUUCAACACGAUUGUAAUGGAUGCAUAAAGAAAGACUCUUGCUCAUUCUUGGAAACAGUAAUGAAUAUGCCAUUUAAAAUGUGUGAUAAGAGAGAUGCUUGGACAACAAGGUUUUAAAUUUGACUUUAUAGUCUGUCUGAACUUAGCUACUUUUUUCCCUAUAAAGUCUUUGUUCACUGAAACUGCCACAAUAUGUUCUGGUGUAAAGCCAACCAUUAAAAUAACCUAAUUGCAUUUCUAGAUCUAUAAUUUCUUUUUAAACAAUUAAAAAAAUAUAUAUAGUAGCAGCUGUUUGAUUCCUCAGACACUCCACGGCUUACAGGCUGUGCAUGCUGAAUGAAAGUGUUUCUUUCAGGUAUUUUUGCUGCUCCAAAGCUGUGUGUGCGUGCACAUGUAUGUUUGUGCAACCUGUCUGGUACAUUCUGUAGCACUGCACUUUUCAUGUUUAGAAGACCUUUUGUAAUAGUUAAAUUAUGAAGAACAAAGUUUUUUUUUGUUUGUUUUUUUAAGAUGGCAGACUUAUAGCAGCAGUAAUCCAUUGUGUGUACAGCAUUUACUUUAUGACAUUAAUCACUUCUGUUGAUAACCAUGGUGGACAGAAAUAAUUUCUGCAAAUAUUUGGACCCCUUUUUUUCUUCAUGUUAGUUCCUUGAUGACUGACUACUAUUUUUUUCUUUCCUUAAUCAAAUCACACCUACCAGCUUUGUGCAAACUAUUUAGUCACUGUAUAUCUUGUAUACUGUAUUUUUAGGUAGGGUCAGAUUAAAUAUCAAUAUUUAAUAUUGAUAUUUUUUGUAGUAUGAGUAUAAUUUGCUGGCAAAACUUGGAGGAUUACAAUAAUGACAGACACAAUAUUCUGAAUGUAAAAAAGUUCUGUAUCUUCAGUAUUCAAAAAUAGUAACAGUUUCUUUAGUUUAGGACAGAGCCAGACUCAAAGUGAAUACAGCUCUAUUUGAAUUAGUUCAUUUGGCUUUUUGUUAUCAGGGGAAAAUCAAGAGUAUUGGAUUUACCUGUUUCAAAAUGUUCACUGGAUGAAAAGCUCAGUUAGAAGUAUUCCAUUUUGUGAGAUGUAAGUAGACCAUCUGCAUUUCACUUGCACAGCAGUCAUUCCUACUUUUUUUACUGAUUAUUUUUCCCCCAAUUGUCUCUCUCUUCCUGUGUAAAAUGGAAAAAAAAAUCGAGGAUAAUUUUUUUUUUUUAAUGACAUACUGUACCUCCUCCCGUUUUCAGAUAUGGGCUUGGCUCUUUGCAAUCUUACUAGAAAUCUUAGUUUGUAUUUGAUAUUAAACUAGAUUGGAUGUAUGGUAAUUUCCUUUCUCAUUCUGCAGCCUAAUUCUUUGGGGACACAAAAUUGGUUAUUGCAUUAUUAAAAUGAGACAAAUCUGCAGUAAAUUAGUACAUACUAGAUUGAUGGGCUACUUUAAUUUUCAAAAGCAGUGUUGAAACUUAAUGCCUGGAGGUCUGCAGUUCAUUUUCCUGUCAGUAUUAUAAACAUUAACCUUUUUUCCUGAAAUUAUUUUCCUUGGAUGGAAUUGUGGAAUGCAACAAUGUCUAGAAUUAUUUUCUGUUGACUGAUUGUUACUCAGUGUGCCAUCCUUUCAAUUCUGGAACUUGCAGAUACAGUGCUCAUGUCAGAGUCCAGGUGAAAUGCAGUAAUUUUUGCUUGGGGCCUUUACCUUUUUGCAUGGAUUAUUUUAUGAGAGAACUUCAUAUAUCUUAAUUUUCUGGGAAUUUGGAACAUGCAUUUCUUGUAUAUUGAGAGAGAACCUGUGCCCUAUUAGUUCCAUGCAAUGUCUUACAGCAAAUGAGGAGUGUGUGUGUGUGUGUGUGUGUGUG